GUCACAUGUUUGUAAAAACCUGUCGUUCAAAAGGAGGAGGUAGAUUAUCUCGUCUGUGUAAAAUCCAGAUCAUCGAAUUUAUACGCACCAUGAGCAACUUCCAGGUGAAUACCCAGUUAUUACAGCAGGCGAUGCAAUUGAUCCAACAGCGACAACAGGGUGCACUGCCAAACUAUACUCUCACGCAGUCAAAUCAGCAGUCAUAUAGGUUACCUCAACAGAACUUUACUGUGGCACCCGGUAAUUUGGACAUUAACUCUCCACAUAAUAGAAGUGACUAUUUGUCGCAGAAUCAAAGUGAAUUCACAGGCAACCAGCGUUCACACCAUCAUCCAUAUGAUCGUCCCCAACGAAUAUCUCCGCCAACUCCCAAUCCAAGAGGCUCGUAUGGAGUCAACUAUCAAGCACAGUACAACUUUCAUGAACGAACACUCUUACAGGCACCACGGCGACAAAACCAACAAUAUACACCAGGCACUUCUGUGGGCUUUUCUACAUCCUCAGAUCUUUAUGCCACUCGUCCAAAGGGAAGGAAUCUUGAUAGUUUAACCAGUAGAAGUCGCCAGUACCCAAUAAGUCCACCUGCAGUUGAUGUUCGCUCCAAUAUCAAAGAUACAAUCUUUGGUCAAUUAGGAGAGGGAGAGAGAAAGUCCCAGAUUACACCACCUAACACAAAUCCAAUUGCAAGCCAAGGAGUCAAACGAACACUUGAUGCCAGUGGAAGUCCAGCCAGAAAGAGGGCAAGAGAAGACAACGUUGAAACUGACAGAGAGAAAGCAUAUUUAAGACAGUUAAUAGAACUGAAUGAGAUCAAAGAAGGAGAUAAGAAUUCUCAGAUUAUAUGGACGUACUUCGUGUCAAAGCAACAGACUGAAGCUAUGUAUAAUAGCAAAAUGACACUUAGGCAAGCUCUAUAUGAAGUACUGAAAGGAGUGUUCCCAUACUGUGGGGUUUAUAUAGUUGGGUCGUCCAUGAAUGGAUUCGGCAACAAUACCAGCGACUGUGAUAUGUGUCUCAUGUUGACCAAAAAAGAGAUCGAUCAGAAAGUGGAAGCCACAGAACUGCUUAGAUUAGUCCAAAAAGCAUUUCGCAAACUAAGUUUUAUCAAAGAGCUACAGCUGAUUAAAGCCAAAGUUCCAAUUAUAAAAUUCACAGAUAAAAUAAGUGAGGUUGAAGUUGAUCUUAACGUGAAUAAUGCGGCAGGGAUCAGAAACACUCACCUCCUCUGUGCAUACUCCAGAAUGGAUUGGCGUGUUCGUCCUCUGGUGCUAUGGAUCAAGAAAUGGGCUCGUCAUCAUGACAUAAAUGACGCCCGUAAAGCAACGAUCUCAUCCUACUCCCUAGUCUUAAUGGUGCUACACUUUUUGCAGUAUGCUUGUGACCCGAUUGUCUUGCCAUGUCUCCAGAAGUUAUACCCUGAAAAGUUUCAGGAUGAGCAAGAUAUACGUAAAAUAUCCCUCAACGAUGACUUCCCAACAUUCCAAAGUGAGAAUAAGGAGACCCUAGCUGAACUUUUUCUUGGCUUCCUAAAAUAUUACACAGAGGACUUUGAUUAUGAGAGAGAUGUAGUCAGUGUCCGGUUGGGGAGCACACUACCCAAACGUGUUGCAAUGCGGGGAAAUGUGCAAAUCAGUCCACCGGGGAGUUGGAAAUACCUCUGUGUACAGGAGCCAUUCAAUCUUUCAAACACUUCAAGAUCUGUCUAUGACCAAUACCAGUACCAGAGGAUAACCAGGGUUUUCCGGAACAGUUAUCAAAGGUUCAAACACAACAAAGACCUUAAUGAAAUAAUGGAUAGACCUUUAUAGAACACUCCGAUGGAAUAGUUAUCAAAGGUUCAGCACAACAGAGACCUUAAUGAAAUAAUGGAUAGACCUUUAUAGAACACUCCGAUGGAAUAG